UGUGCAAUAAUUACAAAUCAAAAAUAAUUUGUUAAACAACUUAAGAAAAACGAAACUAAAUAUUAGUUUCAAUAAAUUUUUCUUGUAAAAUUUAACAAAGUUUAAGUAAAACAAAAACGCAACUUUUCGCCACCACUAAUAAAAUCGUUAAACGAUACAAAAAAAUAAAAAAAUAAUAAAUAUUUUUUCUUUCUAAAACUGUUAAUAAAAACAAUACCAAAAUUUUUGUCACAAUGAGCGUGUGUGAAAAUAGCAACUCAGUUGUUCAACAACAUCAGCAGCAAGUUCCGCCACAGCAUCUGCAACCGGCUCAACAACAGCAGCCCCAGCUGCAGCAACAGCAGCAAACUCAACAGCAAAGUACACAAAGUAUUGCUGAUUAUUUGGCUCAGCUACUUAAGGAUCGUAAACAGUUGGCUGCAUUCCCAAAUGUUUUCAAUCAUGUCGAACGUUUACUUGACGAAGAAAUUGCCCGUGUUCGUGCCUCACUAUUUCAAAUAAAUGGCGUUAAAAAAGAACCUUUAAUGUUGCCAGAACCAGAAGGAGCACCGGUUACAUUAAAUGAAAAAGUCUAUGUACCUGUCAGAGAACACCCAGAUUUUAAUUUUGUGGGUAGAAUUUUAGGACCUCGUGGCAUGACCGCCAAACAGUUGGAACAAGAAACAGGCUGUAAAAUUAUGGUCAGAGGCAAAGGAUCAAUGAGAGAUAAAAAGAAGGAAGAUGCUAAUAGAGGCAAACCCAAUUGGGAACAUUUAUCAGAUGAAUUACAUGUCUUGAUUACCGUCGAAGAUACAGAAAACCGUGCCAAAAUCAAAUUAAGUCAAGCUGUCGCUGAAGUACAAAAACUACUCAUUCCGCAAGCGGAAGGCGAAGAUGAGCUUAAGAAACGUCAACUGAUGGAAUUAGCAAUAAUUAAUGGCACUUAUAGGGAUACAACCGCCGUCAAAAAUGCAGCUCAAGUUUGUGAUGAAGAUUGGCGUCGUGUUGUAGCCGCUGCCUCGGCUGAUAAUCGUCUCUUGACCCAGGCCAGUCUGCCUGGUUUGGCUCAACAAAUGCGCGCCCCUACUGCUGCCCCACUGGGCGCUCCUUUAAUACUGUCACAGCGCAUGACAGUGCCCACAACAGCGGCGAGUAUAUUAUCGGGUACUGCAACACCUGCUAAUGCAUUUGAAAAUCCUGCUCAUGGCAUGAUUUUUGCUCCUUACGCCGAUUAUAAUCUCUACAAUACCGCCCUCACUGGAAAUCCUUUGCUGACGGAAUACGCAGAUCAUAGCGUAGGAGCCAUUAAACAACGACGUUUGGCGGCUAAUCGUGAACAUCCAUAUCAGAGAGCUGCUGUGGGGGUCCCAACUAAGCCAGGCUUUAUAGAGAUCCAAUAAAAGAAAAAACAAAUUG